UCACGCAAAUGUUGCUCACGACACACACGUGGAGAGAGGAAUAGCUAACCAGACAGUGGAUAGACGUGCAGCAGCAAGGAUCUUAGAAAAUGGCGGAACUUGAAAAAGACGCAGGACUACCCCAACCAAUGCAGGAGAACCGAGAUGAAGAGGAGCCGGGCAAUUCCAUGGCAGAGGAGAUGGACACCUCAGAAGACCUGCAAGAUGACAACCUGAUCAAGCGGGAACCCUUCCACAGUUCUAAUAAUGAACAGCAAGAUGGACAUUUGGUAGUUAGGAGGAAUGUAAUAUUAGAACGAACAAAAUUCAACCAAAGACAACAGGAAGCAGGAGAGACAGCUGAGGAUUUUAUCUAUGCACUUCAUUGUUUGUCAGAACAUUGCGGUUAUGGAGCUCUGCUCAGUGAGAUGAUAAGAGACAGACUAGUCGCAGGCUUACAUGACAGAAGAUUGUCCAAGCAAUUACAAUUUGACCCAGAACUAACACUGGAUAAAGCUGUCACACGCAUUCGUCAAACUGAACUUGUGAAAAAGCCACAGGACCUGCCAGAGUAUACCUUCAAAGCUACCAGCAGUGCAGCAAAUGUAGAGAGUGUGUUUUCACAUAGCAAACAGCAAUGCCCAGCCAAUGUCCAGUGCCAAUCAGAGAAGAAUCAAAACUCAGAAAGACCACAACAACCUCAAACAACGCUGGAGAAUGCAGAAGAUCCCCUAGAUGCUAAUGACACUGAUGGCUUCAGUCCUGGAGGAGAGAAGCCUCACUACUGCGCCUACUGUGGUAGGAGCUUUCAAAAAGUAAGGGAUCUUAUAAGACACCAGCGAACACAUACUGGAGAGAAGCCUCACAACUGCUCUGAUUGCAACAGAAGUUUUGCUCGAUUAGACAAUCUCAAGUCACACCAAAAAAUACACGUGAAAGACAAACAUCAUUUUCACUCCACUAAAUGUGUGGAAAGCUUUGUCCUAUUGGAGAAGCUUGAAAAACACCUGCUGGAGAAUACCUUCAAAGCUACCAGCAGUGCAGCAAAUGUAGACAGUGUGCCUGAACUUGGUAAAAAUCAGCACCCAGAAAGACUACUGCCCCAAACAACUCUGGAGAACAGAGAGAACCCUCAUCAUGAUACUUCCGAUGACCCUAUUGUGAGUUCUAAUGGAGGUGAGAGGCGUCAUCCCUGCUCCGACUGUGGGAAGAACUUUACACGAGUUUAUCAUCUUAAAAGACACCAACGAACACAUACGGGAGAGAAGCCUCAUCGCUGCUCUGAUUGUGGCAAAAGUUAUUCUCAGUCGUAUGAUCUGAAAAUACACCACCAGCGAAAGCAUAUGAAAGGGAAAUACUUCCACUGCAAUCAUUGUGAAGAACGUUUCUCCAAACCAGAGGAUCUGAACACACACAUGCAUGUACAUGCUGGAGAAAAGCCAUACCUUUGCCCAGACUGUGGGAAGAGAUUCCAGUUGUUAAAUGCAUUUGAAAUGCACCAACAAAAACAUACUUUGGGGCUUCUUGAGUGCUCUUAUUGUGGUAAAAGUUUUUCUAAGGUGGAUAAACUUAAACUACACCAGCGAACGCAUACGGGAGAGAAACAUUUUCGCUGCCCUGACUGUGGGAAAAGUUUUACCCGCUCGGAUCUUCUGAAAAGUCACCAGAGAACACAUAAGAAAGAGGGUGAUUGUCUGUACUGUGAUAAAAGCUUUUCUGAACCUGGAGAACUAAAAAUACACAUGGAAGUACAUAGUCAAGAAAGGCCUCACCUUUGCCCCGACUGUGGGAAGAGAUUCAAACUGUUAUGGUCGUUGAAAAAGCACCAGCGAAAACACACAGAGAAGAUCUCACCAAGGGAAAAGCGUCACCACUGUUCUGACUGCAAUAAGAGUUUUACUCGCGGAUAUCAUCUUAAAAGACAUCGGGAAACACACACAGGAGAAAAGCCUUUCCACUGCUCUAAUUGUGACAAAAGCUUUGCAGGAAAGGAGAGGCUUAAACAACAUCAACUAACACACAAGGAAAAGAAACGUCACCGCUGUUCAAGGUGUGAUAAAAGAUUUCCUGACAUGGCAAAACUACGAUCACACCUUCCAGUACAUUCCGUAGAACUGGCACUCCACUGUUCUGACUGUGGAAAGUAUUUCUUAAACAAGGCAAAGUUUGAAAGACACCAAAAAAUACACACUGGAAGUGGAAAAAUACCAUUCCUCUGCACUGACUGCGGGGAGGGUUUUACAAAUUUGCGUCAGUUGGAAGACCACCAGCGAACACACACUGGGGAGAAACCGUACUGCUGCAUUGAUUGUGGAAAGAGUUUUGCACAUGAAAAAACAUUUAAGUGUCACAAGCAAGCACAUAAGUUCAAACUCUCUGGAGAAAGAGCAGCCUAUCCUUGCUCGGAAUGUGGAAAUACUUUUUCUCGUUCAUGUGAUGUGAUGAGUCAUGUGAGAAGGGUGCAUAAUAAAGAGAGACCUUUCCAGUGCUCCUGCUGUGGAAAAAGAUUUUUCCAAAAGAACUCACUCACAAUACACAUGAGAAUGCACACUGGAGAGAAACCGUACCACUGCUCAGAAUGUGGACAAAGCUUCUCCCAAAUGAAUGACAGAAAACGCCACCAGAAGAGGCAACAUUCUGGAGAGGAGACUUGAUCUCUAUACUAGUGUGGAAGGCACAGUCAGAAACACUCAAUAAGAAAGGACUACAACAGAAACACACACAUACAAUAUUGUAUCAGUCUUUAUUCCAGGUUUAUUUUUGUCAUAUCCUUGAAAUGAUCUUGUAUCAACAGUAAAGUUUAUUUCACAAA